AUGGACCCGAGAAGCUUCGAUUGGCUUAUGGUGGAUAUGAUCCAGGAGGUAGAGGACCCGAACAACAAUGCUAACAACGCCAACAUGCCCAUUGCACCACGGCCUGUCAGCGCCUUCGUGUUAGGAGGUGGUGUGGUAGCCAGUAUAUUGGACUACGAGCAGGUGACGCGAGAGCAGAUGGUCCAACAGCUAAAAGACCUGCAUGAUCGAGUCCAGAGUCUGUACGUUGAGACUGGCCUGCGGCUUGACCAUCCUAUUUCUGCCGAGUUUGUCGAGGAGGCUCAGCUAUCCCAGCGUAUUGAGCAGCUGCAGUCAUAUGUGGCACAGCCAGUGCAGCCUCUGGGGGAUAUGGGACGGUUCCUUGCAAACGACGUCCCGGGGAUAGAUCUCAUGACCAUCCCCAUUGUGGCCCGCCUACAUAUCUAUAGGCUGUUGCUCGACACUAGGCUCACAUUGAAGCAUAAUGUCAAUCCUUUUUGGGAGAUUGCGGAUAUCAUUGACGAUACGGCUAACUCUGCGACCCCGACUCAAUGGAUCUGGGCUAGGUGCCCACGCCUCACUAAGUAUAACCUGGACACUUCUAUCCUGCGCGUGAACCGCGAGAUCUACCAUGACGCAGGCAAGGUCCUGGGUCGCGACAACCUGUGGAUUGUCUUAAGCACGGCAGAUAGACAGAUCAUUGACGGCGUGGCGGAGAUGGGCUUUGCCCUUCCAAUUCCCAUCGAGUGGGCCAACAAUGGUCUGCGUGGAUACGCUCCUUAUUAUCACAACCCAUUUAUGAUUGAGGUCACGAACACUGCAAUCCCCGAAGACUCCGACCCAAAUGCGAACCAGUUUUUUGUCAUGGCUGUGGAUUGCGUGUGGGACCUGGUUGCACUUUUGAUUUCACACGGCCAGACUCCCUAUUCCUUGAUCGUGCGGGUCAACGAAACCGCGUACAUCUCCCGCCAAGUGCGUCAGAGAACCAUCCGCCGAGUCGCAGAGCUGCUUGAGCCUCUGAGACUCUUUGGGGACGGUGAUAUCCCCUGCUCCGUCGCCUUUAUUUUCCAAAACAAUGCUGUGGGCGAUAGGAUGAUCCGAAUGCUUCGACUGGAGCAUAGGUUCACUGACAUGCAGCUGAUCCGCAUGCUGCGAGACUACCUGGCCCCCUUCAGCUCGCACCUGCUCCAGAUCGACUGGGACCUAGAGGAGGUGAGAAUGGCGGAAUGGAGUUUCUUCUUUAUCCAUGGCCUCAACAAGUACGGCGCACUAGGAGAGACUGGAAAGUUCUGGAGAGACGCGUUGUGCAUGGGCCACGCCCGCAUGAUGGUUAUCCGACUGUCUCAGGGGAAGCUGAACCAGGCCAAAUUCCAUGCCCAGCGCGCUGAGGAAAUGAUGGAGAUGCACGAGGCGACGCUCUGGUGGUGCAAGGCCCUGAUCACCCACAUUCAGGGGUGGGACGAGGCACCUCCAGCUCAGAGCGUUAUCAACGAGGCCCUGCGUGCCAUCUGGUGCCUGUGCCUGAACGAGAACAAGAGCUGGUUCUAUCUUCUGUGGCAGCAGUGCAAGUACUGCCCGUUCACCACCCGCAACACCAUCAGCUCCAUCGUUUGUCUGCUGCAGGGUAUCCGAAUUAUUAUGGGAUCCGAAGCCCACAAGAUCCACAAGCAGGCGAAGAUAUUCAACAACCUCAUGUGCCUUCGCGUCCAGGGCCUGUCCGAGACCUUCUCUUUCGAGCAGCGUGAGGAGUACAGCAUCUCGAUGCGCAUGUUUAUGGAUAUCAACUGCCAGCCCGACAGCAUCCAGGCGCUCUGCGGCCGCGAGGAUAUGAUCUUCUGGCGUCUCAUCGAGUAG